AUGGACAUAAAGCCACAGCGCCCACUGCGGCCAAUACGCGUCAGAAACGACGAGAAUGUCCCUCCCGAAGGCCAAGUGACCAAAACAAUCCAUCAUCGGAAUAAAUCGAGUCCAGCACUUACAACUACUUUUGCUGAAGCCCAAGGGCUCAAGGCCGCAGCGAAGCGAACUGCAUUUGGGGACGUGAGCAAUAUUGUUGCUGGAAGACCGAGCAAAGAUGAUUCGACACUCCAGACCAAGCCAAGUCUCCAGGUUGUGGUGAAACCUAGCCAGCCCCUCGAGCAAAGAAGGUCUAUCGCGCUGCUCCGGCCCGCCCAAAAAGGGCUGAAAACCAUUCUUGCUGGAGCAACUACCUAUGGAACAUCGAAAGCCUCUUCAAAUCCCACUACAGAAACGUUAGUUGCACUGCAGCCUGCCGCGACGAAAAAGACAUUGACCAAACGCCAUACCACCAUCUUCAAAGACAAUCGUCUUGCUGUACUUCAAGAGACGGAAAUUACGUCGAGUGAGCCGUUGAACGGGCAUGUGAUAGGAACAGGGAAGCGCCCGAGCUCAGCGAAUGCUGGAGUGGAGUCUCAGCUUUGUCUUCUCCCUCCACCGGCGUCUGUUGCCGUUUCCUCUGAGCCAGUGAAAGACAUUCAAGAGUUGCAUUCAGAUACCAUCUUACCUGGCAUUGAAGGUGUAAACCUAGGUCCUGCAUUAUCGAGCGAGCCCAACGAGACAGACGUGAAAGAUGCAGGCAGCAAUGCCUCAGGCAAUGUCGCUCAGCAACAUUCACAACAGCUCUACGAUCGACCUCUCCCCAGAGAUUCUCCCCCCUUCAUGGGACCCCAUCUUACCGCUGUUCGAAAGGAAUCGCAACAGAUUUCCGUGGCAAGUGUCGUGAAUCCUGUCGAUAACAUUCCUCCCCUGAGUCCUCACCAUUCCUACAUUCAGCAACGACUCGAGCAGGAAGAAUACUGGGAUGAAGAGGAUGACGAUAACUACGAAGAGGACGAUUAUGUAACCGCCAGGUCAUUCCGAUCACGCGGUGACAACACCACUGGCGGAGCUACGACCGUCCUAUUUCCACAGAUGAACCAACGUGCCCGCAAAGAGAUUGCUGCGGCAAAGCAGUUGGUCGAGGCCACUCGUUCUCCUGAGGAGGUGGAAGAUGAAAGCUACGAUACGAGCAUGGUUGCCGAAUAUGGGGAGGAGAUCUUUGACUACAUGAGACAGCUCGAGGUGAAGAUGCUUCCCAACGCCCACUACAUGGACAACCAGCACGAAAUCCAGUGGUCCAUGCGUGCGGUUCUGAUGGAUUGGCUUGUCCAAGUUCACCUCCGGUUCAACUUGCUACCGGAGACGCUCUUUCUUACCGUUAAUUACAUUGACCGGUUCCUGUCGUGCAAGGUUGUUUCUCUCGGCAAACUCCAGCUUGUCGGUGCAACGGCCAUUUUCAUCGCGGCAAAAUAUGAAGAGAUCAACUGUCCCUCGGUCCAGGAAAUUGUAUACAUGGUUGAUGGUGGAUACAGUGUGGAUGAGAUUCUCAAAGCCGAGCGGUUCAUGCUUACCAUGCUUCAAUUCGAGCUUGGCUGGCCCGGCCCCAUGAGUUUCUUGCGCCGAAUUAGCAAAGCUGACGACUAUGACCUGGAGACGAGGACGCUUGCUAAAUAUUUCCUUGAAGUGACCUUGAUGGAUGAACGCUUCAUCGGCAGUCCCCCGAGCUUCACAGCGGCGGCAUCGCAUUGUCUCGCACGCAUCAUGCUCCGGAAAGGCACAUGGACCGCUCAUCAUGUCUACUAUGCUAGUUACACGUACUCCCAACUCAAACCAUUGAUCAAUCUAUUACUGGAAUGUUGUGAGGAUCCGCGAAAACAUCACAAUGCAGUGUUCAACAAAUAUUGCGACAAACGCUACAAGAGAGCAUCAGCCUUCGUCGAGACCGAAAUCCAGAGAGGAUUCAACUUGGAAGAUGCGGUUGCACCAUCAUCUGUCCUUCAGUCCACAAUGAUUUCAUUCUACGACAGCGUUCCUUAUCUUCGCAUGUGA